CCCCGUUGCUCUGGCAGCGGCUACGUGCCUUGAGAGGGAGAUGGAUUGUUCCAAAUGAAGCUUAAAAACGGGGGAGGACAUUGGUGUUGGAUCACAACAGCCCCGAAAGCAGCGUGCUGAUGGCAACCAGCCACAGUCCUGGCGAAAAAGCGACGCCUGCCCUUCGAAUCAGUCAGCUUGAUGCCCUUGAAUUAAACAAAGCCUUGGAGCAACUGGUUUGGUCCCAGUUUACUCGAUGUUUUCAUGGAUUUAAACCUGGACUCUUGGCUUGCUUUGAACCAGAAGUUAAGGCGUUUCUUUGGGGUUUUUUGUGGAGAUUCACCAUUUAUUCCAAGAAUGCGACGGUGGGACAGGCCGUUCUGAACAUUCAGUACAAGAACGACUUGUCCCAGAAACAAAACUACCAGACGCUAAGCAAGCAGCAGAAACUGUGGUAUCUUAUUUGUACAGUUGGUGGUCAAUGGCUGGAAGAAAGGUGUUAUGAUUUGUUUAGCCAUCGUCCGUCAGAGUCUUUCCAGAAGACCAAGUCUUUCAUUAAUUUAACAGCUGGACUCCUCAAACUUGGUGAAUUGCUGAACUUUCUGAUUUUUCUCCGGAAAGGAAAGUUUGCCAGCCUCACUGAGCGUAUUUUAGGAAUCCGGUCUGUGUUCUGUCGUCUUCGGAGCGUUCGUCAGGUUGGGUUUGAAUAUAUGAACAGGGAACUAUUGUGGCAUGGGUUUGCAGACUUUCUAAUUUUCCUUUUGCCCCUUAUUAACAUCCACAAACUCAAACUCAAACUCUUCUCUUGGUCUUUAGCUGUUGCAGGAUGUUCCAGUAAGGAAAGUUCUUUGGCAGCAGGUAGUAAGGAGUGCCGUUUCUGUGGCGAAUGGCCAACUCUGCCUCACAUCGUUGGCUGUUCCCAUGUUUUUUGUUACUACUGCCUUAAAAGGAACUACUUAUUUGAUAUGUAUUUUACAUGUCCUAAAUGUGGUGUAGAGGUGCAUGAGCUACAGCCGUUGAAAUACAAGAUGGAAAUGAAAGAGGUAUAUACGCAGUAGCCAUUUUGAAGAUCCCCCCAAAUCCAUAAACACACUUUGUGAAAUCUACUGAACAGUUGUACAGUGAUCUUUAAAUACAGCAUUGCCUGUUAAUUUCCCCUUUUUUUCUUGAGUUUAAUAUGAAAUAUUUUAGCACUGUUUGUAAAAAUGAGUAAUUUUGUAAAGAAAUGGUUAUUAAUUUUGUCCCAUUUUGCUUAUUCUCCCAGAACUGAAGGUGUGUAAGCAUAACCCCUUUGAGGCAGCUGAUUCUACAUUUGCAUAUGCUACUACCAGUGUGGAUAAGCCCGGUGUAGUGCCGCCACACGAAUGCAAAACAGGUGGAUUGUUUUAGUGAAGUUCAUUUUGUCACAAACUGGGGAGCUGCUUCACAAUAUUUGUUUCCCCCAUUUAGUACUGCGCUUGCACGGUAGCAUUACGAGCAUCAUUAUGCGGGACCGCAUUACCCCAUAUGUCCCAACUCGACCACUGCGCUCAGCAGAGGCCAAUUUACUGGAGGUCCCCGGCCCCUCA